CUCGGACGUUGAUUUCGAAACAAACUCUGCGUACAGUGAACGUAUGGCAAAUGCACAUGGAAAAGCCAAGACUCGCUUUUCGCGGGAUCUACAUACCCAUUUGGUGGGAGUUGAGGCGAGAAGAUGUGGGGAUCAAGCAGUAUGAAGUCUCUGACCCACUGACAUUCUCUUUAGUUAGUUGGCAGAAACAAACGUCGAUAAUCCGUGAGUCAGACUCUCGAUGUUCGUAAUCAGGAUCGUCAGUGAAGUAAUUUUUGGAGAAAAGGAGAAGAGGUCGAGAGAGAUUGUUAACAGGUCGAAUCUCGUUUUGAGAUGCGCUUAAGUCGCGGCUUAUUGACCAGUGUCGCUGUUUGCUUCACAGUACUCUUCCUCCUUUUAAACUCGAGAUCGACGGUGGAAACUGUUAACGAUUCAGGAAGGAUAGGGAAAUCUAAUGAUGGGGAGCAGGAAAUUCGUAAAGGCCAGACGUAUCGACGCGUUACACCUUCCCUUGCGGAACUGGGUGUUCGUGAGAGUUUGCACAAAGUGAACGAGCACAUUUUAAUGUUGACUCGUGUACCUGACGCCGGGUCUGAGCUGUUAGUCUUGAUUCUACAACGUCUGCAGGGUUACAAUGCGUUUAAACAUAUACGGUUACCACCUGGUGAUCAUGGGCUUCUGUCAACUUUACAGGAGGAACUUUUGAUUGAGGAGAUCACUAAUAUCAUAAGACAGGAGGCGAUCCCUCUGAGCUUCGACGGGGAUGUUAGAUUUCUGAAUUUUUCCAAGUUCGGACGAGAAUCUCCGACGUUUGUCUCUCUAGUGAGAAAUCCCGUAGGCGCGCGUAAUUUACAGAGAUAUCACGAUGGACGGAGAAACGUGCUCGAUGAUAGAGCCAUACCAACGUUUUGUGGCCAAGAUCCUCGAUGCACAGAGGUAAAUAACAAGUGGGCGUUGGAACGAGCUAAAACGAACGUAGUUGAAUACUAUCCUGUCGUUGCUCUAUUAGAGUACAUGGAACGAUCCAUAGAUGUAUUGGAAUACAAAUUCCCAUAUUUCUUUCGAGGUGCUAAAGAUAGUUACAGAAAGAUUCAGCCUGGAGGGAAACGCUUUUCCAGUCCAACGUUCAGGCUAAAGCCACGAGACGGAGAUAUUUUAUUUAAGCUUCUUAAGGAUGAAAUAGAAUUUUACCAGUGGCUAAAACAUCGACUUUUAAAUGAGACAUUGAUCGAUGCUGAUGAAAGCCGUUAAUUAUGAAAUAGAGGAUUACCUAUAACUUACAUCAUGCUCUAGCGCUAGUUUCGUAAUAUACCAAAGAUAAUUGUCGUACUAAAUAUUUGAAUAAUAAUAAUUUCUUUGUACCGAGAUAAAUCGAUUGAAAAGUUUUUGUUAGGGGAGAAGUGUGGUCGUAGAUUAUUCUCUUUUUGUACUUUUAUUGUGAGAAAGCUGCUGUAAAUUAAGAGUACGACGAAAUGUCUUUUUUCAGGAUUCUAUUCCACGUCAGAUUGGCAAUAAAAUUACAAAUUAUUAACAAUUGCUCUUUACUUUAGUGAAAAUUCUUAAAAAAUAUUGCAGUUGUUGGAAGAUUUUUCUACUUCAAUAAAUCCCAUGAAAUUCUGUAAUACGCUCGCAAGAUAUAAUUGUAUAUUUCUAUCUUUUUAGUAAGAAUGACAAUAAUACUUUGUUUUGCAGUAGCAAGGAUUUUAAUUUUCCUCUGCUUGUUUGGCAAACGUUCUUAAAGAACGUAGGAUACAGUAAGAGAAAUGCUCCAUUAUCAUAGUUUAUAAUUUAUUAAUUUUUACAUUUUUAUUAUAAAUCCAUUAUAACAAUAUGGUGUAAUAAUUCAAACACGUUCUCCGCGUCGAAGUUACGUCUUUGUAAUAGCAAUUCUCGAUGUACAGUGCUACGUUGAAACAUCCUCGUUGUGCAUGAUAGUCAAAACUUUUGUCGAGCAGUGAUCAUCGACGAGGAAUAAUUAGGGUACAAAAGUUGCGAGCCAUGUCAAGUUGAACAUAUACGUAAUUUAUAUCGUUUCCACUGUUAUAAUUAUUCCACAAUUUCAAUCGGCAAUUAUUCGUUGAAUAUAUUAAUAUGUAAUAUCUUUCAAAGCUGCUAUCAAUUACAUUUAGCAUACAAUCAAAAAAUAUAAGUGUAAAUAUUUUCCUUACUUUAACUUUGUGCGGGAAAUAAAGAAAGAACAAUGCUCUUCUAAUGUAAGUAGUAAUUCGUUGAUAUUGAAUUUUCACGGCGCCAAGUCCAAUGAAAUAACUAUACAGUAACUGUAUUAUACACAACAUUUGUCUUCGCAAUUGCGACGAUUUCGAAACGUGCGACACGCCGCUAUCGAGGAAGAAGGUAUUUUCAUCAGGUUAUUUAUAUCUCAAACGAAUAUAUUUAGAAUAAAUAUGGAAAAAUGUACAAAGAAACAAUUAGAAAAACGUACAAUGUGAUCGUGGUUAUUCCGAGUGACAGAAGCAGCCGAGUGUGUUAUUACAUUGUCAAGCUCUUACCGUUUAUUUACACUUGCUAGCCUUAGAAAAUGCAAGUUGUCAUGUAUACGCGACGAAAGGUUACCAACAUUGAUACGAUAGAAUUGAAAAAUUACUUCCAACCACACAAGCGUUUAGGAUACACUCCCUCCCCCAAAUCGUAAAUAGAACAUAUAAAAAUAUUUAUUCGAGCAGUCGAAAUCCCAAGUGUUGCUAUAAAAAACGCCAACUAUCGUUAUCAACGAUGGUAUUACCGUUUUACGACGUUUGUUUAUGAGUUGAACGAAAA